GCCGCCCCUCGCUCUCCCAGGCCGCUGGGGCUCGCGGGGCUCGCUGCCCAUCACCCUCGGGCCCGACCAGAGUCGCGGCGCGGCUGCCCGUAGAGCGAUGAGAAAGUCCAGGCCUCUGUUCUUAGGGGCCCUCGGAUGGCGCUGCGAAGAACGACCGCGGCGAAGCCCGCAGCCUCAGCCCGCCGCACCUGCCUAGGCCCCAAGCGGCCCCGGCUAGAGUCCCUGCGGGUACCAGCGCUCCAGCCACCUUGGCUCCACACCCAGGCCUAGUUUCUCGCCCCGGGGUAGGCCCGCCCCGCUCCCUCCCCACAGACCCGGCCCGACGCCCUCGGCCCCCUCCCUCAAAGGCCCGCGCCUCCCGCCGCCCGCCAACUCCCGCUGCCCCAAACUCAACCGACCCCCUCCCCGCCUCGGCGCCGUCCCCGAGCCCUCUUCCGGCCCAGCCGGCCCCCGGCCGCGCGCCCCCGUUACCGGGAAUAUGGCGGCGGCGGCGGCGAGUCCGGACUAGGCCCGAAGCGCGCGAACCGCUCUCGGUCCCAGGUCCCGCCCCCCCCGCCGCCGGCGUCACACGCACAGCCACUUCCGCCAUGCGCGAGGACGCAUCUUCCGGCUCAGACAGCGUCGCUGUGCCCGGAAGUUCCCGGAAGUGGACGGUCCGCAAGCUUCCGAUGCGGGACGGGGGAAAUGGCGGUGGCCACCGUAUUCCCGGCUCUUUCGCGGGGGCUUGCUCUGUCAAGGCGCCACCUUGUGUCUCCUUUGUUCAGCGUGACAUCCUUCAGACGCUCCUACCGAGGUGACAGCCCAACAGAUUCCCAAACGGACAUGAUUGAAAUCCCUUUGCCUCCGUGGCAGGAGCGAACGGAUGAAUCCAUAGAGACCAAAAGAGCCCGCCUGCUCUACGAGAGCAGAAAGAGGGGAAUGCUGGAAAACUGCAUCCUGCUUAGCCUCUUUGCUAAGGAGCAUCUGCACCAGAUGACGGAGAAACAGCUGAAUCUCUACGAUCGCCUGAUCAAUGAACCCAGUAAUGACUGGGAUAUUUAUUACUGGGCUACAGAAGCAAAACCAGCCCCAGAAAUAUUUGAAAACGAAGUCCUGGCCCUGCUGAGAGACUUUGCUAAGAACAAGAACAGAGAGCAGCGCCUGCGGGCCCCGGAUCUCGAAUACCUCUUUGAAAAGCCUCGUUAGCUGCACCCAGCUGCUGCCUGCCUGGCCUCCGGCCACGGUCGCUCGCUCCUCGCGAUGGAUCCCGGCCUCGCUGUCCUGCUUUUCUCCUUAGACAGACGCUCAGCCCACCCAGACCGCUGGUCCUUCCACCCGGGACGGGCCCUCCUCACUCUGAGGACAUGUAGGUGUCCAGGGUAUCCCAUUUUAAGACCUUUUGGCUCCAUUCUAAGCCUCAGAUGUGGUUGGUCCAUGUUCCCGGUGCUCAGGCCCACUGUUUCUCUGGCUCCCGUCUCCGCGGCAGGCCUCUGCCACCGAGGCCACGGUAGGGGAGCGACUGGGCCGCUCACUGCUUCAGCCAGAAGUGCGUUCGGUGGAAAGGAGCCACCAGCUGCACCUGCCGUGCUGGUGGAAUGCUCCUUGGGUAGCCCAGGGCUUUGUUCCGGUGAAACUCCCCCUUCCAACCCGGUGUGGUGCUUGCUGCCACGGGAAGCUGAUCCAGGCCCCCCUACCCCCACCCCCAGCGGAAUCCUUCAAAGGCCCAACAGGCAGAAUGAGGGCAGCCAGCAGGAAUGGCGGGCCAUGCUGCUUCAGAAGCAACUUCCCCAUCGGGUUUGCUCUAAAAGGUCCCCUUUGUAAACUGAACGAUAAUUGACUAUUAAAGAAGAGUUUAAAAAAGGAAAAUCACAGAGUUCACUGGUGACCUCGUGGUUAAGGAUCAGGCAUUGUCACUGCUGUGGCUCCGGUCACUGCUGUGUCAUGAGCUCCAUCCCUGGCCUGGGAACUUCACGCGUUGUGAGUGAGGCCAAAAUAAUGAUAAUAAAUAAAUGAAAAUCACA